AUGGAAGAACUUUCAUCUGUACUGGUAUUGAUUAGCUAUGCAUCUCUUGUUGAUAGUUCAUCAUCGUCCUCAUCAUCAUCGUCAAAUACAACAGGUGUUCGACCUCAUUUUCCUGUUGUUAAAGUUACAUUUGAUCAUGUUUCAAAUGUAUUUGGUAUAUGUCUUUGGAUUUUACUUGGUAUUUUAGCUAAAAUCGUAUUUCAUUUAUCACAUCGUUUAAUAAAAAAGUUUCCUGAAAAUUGUCUUCUAAUUAUAUUAGGUAUUGUUGUUGGUAUUCUUUUAUAUUUAACACAUCUUGAAGAAGAAAAACGAAUAUAUAUACUUAAUAGUGAUGUAUUUUUUUUAUUUUUAUUACCACCUAUUGUACUUGAAACAGGAUAUUUUUUACCAAAACGAGCUUUUUUUGAUAAUCUUGGAACAAUACUAUUAUUAGCUGUACUUAAUAAACUUUUUAAUACAAUGUGUAUUGGAUUAACAAUAUGGGCAUUUGGAAAAACAACUUUAUAUGGUGGUACAAAAUUUGAAUUACUUGAAUGUCUUCUUUUUGCUUCAUUUAUUACAGCUGUUGAUCCAAUAGCUGUAUUAGCAACAUUUGUAGAAAUUCGUGUUAAUGAUACAUUAUAUAUUGUUGUCUUUGGAGAAUCACUUCUCAAUGAUGCUGUUUCAAUUGUACUCUAUCGAAUGUUCGAAAGUUUUUUAACUAUUGGUCAAAAUAAUUUAAUUCCGAAGGAUUUUUUUCUUGGUUUUGUAUCUUUUUUUGUUGUAACUAUUGGUGGUAUUCUUGUUGGUAUUGUAUUUGGUUUCAUGGCUGUUUUUAUGACAAAAUUUACCGAACGAACACCAGUACUCGAACCAUUAGUUGUAUUUAUCUAUGCUUAUAUUGCUUAUAUCAUUGCUGAAAUGACUGGAUUAUCUGGAAUUCUAGCAAUUACAAUAUGUGGGAUGAUGAUGAAACAAUAUGUUGAAUAUAAUAUAACAAAAAAAUCUAUGGCAACUAUUGAAUAUGUUCUUAAAAUGGCUUCAAGUAUAAUGGAGACAAUUAUUUUUAUGUUUAUGGGGUUAACUACAGUAUCCGAACAACAAAUAUGGAAUACAGGUUUUGUUAUUGUCACUCUUCUAUCAUGUCUUAUAUAUCGAGCUAUUGGUGUUGCGUUAUUUGCUAAUCUAGCUAAUAUUCGUCGUCUACUUGAAUUAACUCGUAUUGAUAUGUUAAUUAUGUCUUACGGUGGUCUUCGUGGUGCACUUGCAUUUGCACUAGCACUUGUAUUAGAUGAAAAUUUAGCACCAAGAAAAAAAGAAUUUAUAACAGCAUCUACUGUUGUUGUUCUAUUUACUGUUUUUAUACAAGGUACAACAUUAGGUCCAUUAGUUAAAUUACUUAAUGUAAGACGAAAACAAAUUGAAGAACCAACAAUGAGUGCAACAUUAACAAAUCGUAUGAUGGAUCAUGUUAUGACUUGUCUUGAAGAUAUGGUAGGUGUAACUGGUGCUAAUUCUCUUCGUAAUAAAUAUAAUAAAUUUGAUCAUAAUUAUAUGAAAAAAUGGUUAUUACGUGAUCAACCACAAGAAAAACUUGAUUUACGUUUAUGGCAAACAUUUCGUAAUAUUGAUUUACAAACAGCUAUUAAAUUACAUGAAGGAAAUCCAGGUAUAAAACAAAUAAUAACAUCACAUUCACCUAAAUCACAAACAUUACUUGCUGUUGUUAAUCCUUCGACUACUAAUAGUCGAAACGAAAGCAUUGUAUCGAACAUUAUAACUAUACCUGAUGAUAUUAUUAUAAUACCAUCAAUAGAUAAUGAAUUGGUAUCAUUAACAAAAUCGGAUGAUAUAAAAGAUUUACUUCAUGCUAAGAUGCAUGAUACACAUCGACAAGCAAGUAUUUAUGCACGAAGUCAAGAAGAAGUAGAAAAUUAUGACGAUCUUGAUUCAACUAUAAUUCAUAUCUUACAACCAUCAACAAUAAUUGAGUCAUCGAAUCAAAUAUUAGAACAAUCAAUGGAUAACAUACCAAGACAAAGAAAAAAACAUAGUGAUCCAACAACAAUAAAUCAAUCAUCAUCGAAAGAUAUAGACACAUGUCGCUUUUAA